AUGAAAUUUUCAUAUCUAGCCAAUACUGAACCCAUAAAUUAUAUUCAGCAUUUAUUUUCAUCUUUCAUAUUUUCUUUUGCUUAUUUGUUUAACUUUUUUCUUCUGUUUUUUUCUUCAUUUUCCUUUUGUUCUAGCAACUGUCAUCUUUCUUUUUUUCCUUCAUUUUUCUCUUGUUUAGAUUUUACUUCUGUUUUUUACCACCUUCUUUCUUCUAUCUACUUUCUCUCUGACUUCCUCUUUCAUUCAUAUUUUCAUUACUUUCUUUCUUCAUCAUUCUCUUGGGUUUUUUUUUUCUCUCUUCUUUUUCCUCCAUUCUUUCCUUUCAAAAAUGUUCUCUUGCUGAACCAAUAUGGUUUUAUAUAUAUUUUUGUUCAAUCUUUUUCAUUUUUUUCCCUUUCCUUUCAUGUUUUGUACCCUUUGUUCUUACCAUUAUUCUUCUUCUCAGAAUCUCAAAGUCUGAUUUGA